GGAAAGGGCUGAGAAGGGAGAGAGGAAAGCAGUGCCCACACCUGGGGGAAGGAAAGGCAGGGUAGACCUGGGGGAAGACCAGCCCCAUCUCCUGCAGGGAGGGAACUGAGCUGCCUGGAAACAUGGUUGGGAAGCACAUGCCCAUUCCACACCUGGAGGAAGAGCAUCCUCCCUGACUUCAUCCCUCGGGACCAGCUCCUGUCCCUCAGAAUUUCCCAGGAAUUCUCCCUUGCUUAUGUUUCCAGUAAGAAGUGAUGGGGGGAGACUGGGAAAAGCUGCUGGAGGCUUCAGUGACUGGAGAGCUCCAGGGAGGAGAUGUGCAGGCUGGGUUGGUUCAGUCGCUGUCCCACGUGGGGCUGGGGCUGGAGGAACUCCCCAUCUCAGUUCCAGCCCCUUUUCAUUGUCUGACUCUGACCCUGUGUGCUCCAAGCUCCUGCCUGGCCAUGAUCCUGCUGCUGCCUCCACCUUAUGCCUUCAGAGAUGUGGGCUGCUUCCUCUGCACCCAGAGCUGUGCAGGAUCAGCUCAGCCUGCAGAAGCUCAGCCUGUGCCUGUGCCUGUGUCCCUGUGCCCUCCUGCCAGGGCUUACCUUGGUGACAUCCCCUUACACCCUCUCCAAGCUGAGCACGUCCAGCUGAGCCUCUCCUUGUGGGAAUCCAGUCCCAUCAUCAUCAUCAAAGAAUCUCCUUCUGUGGAGAUGCUCAAAAAAUAUCUGAACACAUCCUCAAGGAUGUUUAGUAGUACUCUUGUGGAGUAGAGGGGUAGGAUGGGGUGACCUCCCAUUGUGCCUUCCAUUCUGUACUGUCCUGCAAUCAUCAUCGCUGCCCCUGGCUCCAUCUGCUCCAGUAUGCCCACGUCUCAUACUGGGGCCACCAGCAUCCCCAGUGCAAAGGGGAGGGGUCAGAUCUGUGAGAGAGGCUCUGCCCGUGGCACCCAGGAGGCCGUGGCACUGGCCUGUGGCACUGGCCUGUGGCCAGCUUGGUGCUGCCAGGUUCUCGGGCAGGGCUCCUGCUCUUCAGCCUGCCUGGGCUGGGGGAUGUGGGGCUGCUGGUCCCCACUGGGCCUGGCUGGCGCUGGGAGAAGGAGCUGAGCCUGUGUUUUACUGCCCCUGAUGCAAUCCUGCUGCAAUCUGCCCUCCAGGGCUGUCAGCUCAAUGGGAGGAUCUGCUCAGUGGGGCCCCUCUCAGGGCACAGAGGCUGUGGCAGCAGAGGUGAGAGGGGUCCUGUGGGGUAGCAUCCCCUGCUUCCCUUGCCCAGGUGAGGAAACCAGUGGGGUUAGUGGUUGCCAUCGCCAAGCAACACUGAUAGUGAUCUGUGGGGCUCCAGCUGCCAAGCUGUACUCUCAGGCUCAUCAGCCCUUCCUGGGGCUCUGCUGGAAAUGUUCUGCCCAGGAAUGACCUGGUUGUGAUCCUGGAGCUGUGUCCCUUUGCCCCUUGGAAGUCCUGAGCUGGGUGCUGAGAUGUUCCUGCCAGCCGGAGCAGAGCAGGCAGGGUGAAGACUGGUUCCUCCCGAUGGCAUCUUAGGAUCCCCAGGCUCCAGGGAGACCUUGGAGCCCCUUCCAGUGCCUAAAGGGGCUCCGGGAGAGCUGGAGAGGGAUGUUGGACAAGAGCUUAGGGCAAAGCAAGAGGGAAUAGCUUCCCACUGCCAGAGGGCACGGUAAGAUGGAAUACUGGAGAUAUUUCUGACUCCCACUUCAGCUGUUCUCUCUGGCCAGAGUGCAGCCCACUGCCAACCCUGCACCCAAAGUCUCUCCCACUCUCUUCAUGCACAGGGACUGGCAGAGCCCCGAAGUCCCUACCAGAGGUGCCAGCUCUCCCCACAGGGCUGGCAGCAUCCCUGGCUCAGCAGGAAGUGCCCUCAUCCCUCACCAAGCCGGCACAUUCCAGUGGGCUGUGUCCCGUCCCAGUCAGAGUUGCAGCCAGCAUCUUGUUCUGGGUGGAAAGUGAGGUGAAGAAGAGCUGUUCAGCGGGGAAAAGUCAAAGGUCUCCCUGGGGCACCUGGCUCCAGCCCCUGUUGUGGUGCCGGUGGUGCUGCUGACAGGGUCGCACUGCGCUGUCCCAGCCUCGCCAUAAACCCGCUGCCCGGCCAGGAAAGCGAUAACAGCGGGGCUGAAGUCCAAGGCAGGCAGGUCCUGGGGAGCACAUUCCAGCCGGGGCUGACGCUGUGGCCUCUCACAGCUCCAUUUUACUGUCACGGUGGUCGGGAUGGCUGCAGGCAGGCAGGCGAUGCUGGCCCUCCUGGUGCUGCUGGCCACAGCCGUCCUCCCCAGUGGGUCCGUUGUCCUCAACAGCUGCAACAGCGUGGCUGAGCAGCUCUGCAACUUUGUCUGUGACUGCAGUGACUGCUCGGAUGAGAACCAGUGUGGGUACUUACGGGGCUCAGCAGUGCUGGGCACCCCCUUCACCUGUGACUUUGAGGACAGUGACUGUGGCUGGCAGGACGUGGGCACCUCGACAUAUGGAUGGGUGCGAGGCCGGGCCAGCCUGGCCAUGUGGGGUGUGGGGCCUCGUUCAGACCACACCAUGGGCACUGACCUGGGUUGGUUCUUGAGGACCGUGUCCCCCCCAGCAAAGACCAUGGCCACAGCCUGGCUCAGGUCACCAGAGAUGCAGGAAGCAGCUGCCACAUGUGAGAUCAGAGCCUGGUAUCACCUCUCAGGGAGCUGUGAGCACACCCAAGGGCAGAACCAGACUGAGCAGCCGGUGCUGCGCCUGGCUGUGGCACACAAGGACGAGGUGGUGGGGCUGUGGCAGAGCCCCAGGCACUGCAGUGAGGGCUGGCACCAGCUGGUUGCCUACCCCGGCCGGAUCACGGAGCGGUUCCAGCUCAUCUUCUCCCUGACACAACCACCCACCUGCGGGGCAGAGGUGGCACUCGAUGACAUCAUGUUCAGGAACUGUGGUUUACCAGGGGUCGGGCAGCAGCUCUGCGGGGCUCAGCAGAGCCGCUGCCCCCGCGGCUCCUGCCUGCCACAGCGCCGCUUCUGCGACGGCACCGACGACUGCGGGGACGGCUCGGACGAGGACGCGGCGCAGUGCAAGAACUUCACCCGCUGCUCCUUUGAGCACGAUCUCUGUGGCUGGGAGGCAGCAGCCGGGUCACCAGCGUGGGGCAGGAACACGAGCCUGAACCUGGGCACCUCCUAUGGCAUUCCCACUCGGGACCACAGCAGCAACAGCAGGGCUGGUUUUUUCCUCCACGUGAGCAGCGGCCUCACUGCACGGGAUGGUGGCACAGCUCAGCUCAGCAGCCCCACUUUCCAAGCCACCAACUCCUGUUCUCUCGUGCUGUACUGCCACCUCCAUGGCUCAGCCACCAGCAACCUCAGCAUCUUCUACGUGACCAACUCUACCAAGCAUCUGAUGAGGGAAAGGACAGGAGACCUGGGCAGCUGCUGGGUCCGGGAGAGAGUGGACUUUAACGUGACAGACCCCUUCAAGGUGCUGAUUGAGGGGGUGGCCGGCCGUGGGGGGACCGUGGCCAUCGAUGACCUGAUCCUGUCUCAGGGCUGUGUGAAGGAGCAGGAGAAGCCUCUGGUCAUGCUGCCAGGCCAGGCAGAUGCCAGCCCCUGUGCAGCAGAUGAGGUGACCUGUGACAAUGGGGACUGCAUUGCUGCAGAGCUGGCCUGUGACUUCGCUGACACGUGCGCUGAUGGCUCCGACGAGAAGCACUGUGGGACAACAACUUUCGAGUCAGGGGCUGGAGGCUGGCAUGACGUCAGCGUGGGGCGGCUGCGCUGGGGUCUGCAGAAGGCCCCUGAAUCUGACACCCUCCUCACAGGGACUUUCCUGGCCCUCCAGACAGGAGAAGGACAGAUGGUGGGUCCUGCGAAGGCACGAUCGCCUCCGCUGGGUCCCUCUGGCCCUGCCUGCACCAUGGAGAUGAGCUACCACAUCCACAGUGACCCCCAAGGCUUCCUCGCCGUCAGUGUCACAGAUCACACCACUGGCAGCACCCAGCUGGCCUGGCAGGCACAAGGUCGUGGCAGCGCAGCUGGGGGUCAUGUCCGUGUCCCACUGGGAGAGAGAAGCCGGCCCUUCCAGGUCGAGCUGCUGGCACUGGUGGAUCUCCAGAGCUCAGCGAGUGUCAGUGUUGACAACGUGACAUUCGAGCAGUGCUACCUCGAUGUGGUGUCACCCACAGCUGCAGAGCUGUCCUGCAACUUUGAGAGGGGCAUGUGUGGCUGGUACCAGGAUCUGUCCAGUGACUUCAAAUGGGUCCACAGCAUGGGGCAGGGACAGGGCUCUGACCACACCACUGGCUCAGGAUACUUCUUGUCCGUGGACCCCUCUGUGCCAUGGAGCCACGGGCAGCGGGCCCAGCUCCUCACCUCCCUCCAGGAGCCAGCCACUGCCCCACGCUGUCUCUCCUUCUGGUAUCGCCUGGCUGGCCCACAAAUUGGUACCCUGAACCUUAAGCUGUGGCCAGAGGGAGGGGAGGAGGUGGUGUUGUGGACCCGCCGAGGAACCCAGGGCAGCAUCUGGCACCGGGCAUGGGCAACACUGCCUGCCACGGGCCAGCAGCGGUACCAGGUGGCUUUCGAGGUGCUGCAUGAUGGUUUCCUGGGGGACGUGGGGCUGGACGACAUCGCACAGACAGCGGGACCCUGCAGGACCGAGCUCUCCUGCUCCUUCGAGGCCGAGGGCUGUGGGCUGGCAGCCAGCGGAGAGGGCACCUGGCAGCGACAGAGCAACAGCACUGGCACCACUGCUGGCCCUGUGGCUGACCACACCACCGGCACUGCCACAGGCCAUUACAUGGUGGUGAACAUGGGCAGGGUCUUCCUGCCUGCAGGGCACGUGGCUACCCUCACCUCCCAGCCCUACCAGCCCUCCACGUCUGCCCAGUGCCUGGCCUUCUGGUACCAGCUGAGCACUGGGACCCCAGGCUCCCUCGGGGUGUAUGUGGAGCAGAGCAGGGCGAGGAGGAAGGUUCUGAGCAUUAGCACCAUGGAAGGGAGCAACUGGCACCACGGCCACAUCACUGUCCAGCCCGAUGGCGACUGGCAGGUGGUGUUUGAGGCAGUGGGAGCUGGGGGUGACCAUGGAUACAUUGCACUGGACGACCUGCAUGUGUCGGAUGGAGCCUGCCCUGAACUAGCAUCCUGUGACUUCGAGCAGGACACUUGUGGCUGGAGCAGCCCCUCCAACCCCCGCUUGCACAGCUUUGCCUGGGGCUGGAAGAAUGGGAUCACCCUGGCCAAGUACCCCGGCCCUGAGCAGGAUCACACCCUGGGCACAAGGAAUGGUCACUACAUGCACUUCGACACCAGCGUGCUGGGUGCUGGGGGCACCAGUGCCCUGCUGGAGAGCCCACCUCUGCCCGCGGCCACCGAUUCCUGCCUGCGCUUCUGGUACCACAUGGACAUCCCAGAGCACCUUUGCAGUGGGGAGCUGCGGGUGACGCUGCAGGGCGCCGCGGGGCAGCGCACGGUGUGGAGCGUGGCAGGGCACCGCAGCCGGGGCUGGCAGGGCGCCGUGGUGCCGCUGCACAGCCCCAGCGAGUUCCAGGUAAGUGGGGCCACCCUGGGGUGCGGGGUGUCUCCGGGGUGCAUCAGCCCCCCAGAUCCCACCUUCCCCCACAGAUCAGCUUUGAGAUCACCACAUGGAGGUGGCCGAUGGAGGGGACAGUGGCACUGGAUGACAUCGUGUACAGCGCCAGGAGAAACCCUCCGGCAGUUUUGUGACAGAGGUGGUGCUCAGUCUGCUCCUGGCCCUCGUCAUCGUGGCGCUUGUGGCUCUUGGGGGCUGGUACUGGCUGAAACAGCGAGAGCUGGCAAGCAAGACACCCACAGAGAGCACCAGGCCCCAGGGCUUCGACAACAUCACCUUCCGAGAUGACAAGGUUAUUGUAUCUCCAAGGGAGGAGGAUGAGUCUUGAAAUUAGCAGCCAGCAGCAGGAAUUGCCUGCUCCCCCGGGCAGACCACCCCUCGACAGGAACCCACGCUCCAUCAGCUGCCUGCUCUCUGCCCCCAGCACCGGGGAGCUGGCGACCCAGGGAGCCUGCCCCACACAGGGACACACCCCUGGCAUCACUACCUCCAAGUGCUUGGGAAAAGCGUUUUUGUUGUUUAUAACAUGAACUUUCUGCUUCCAAGACACAGCAAUGUGCCCGUGCUUUGGCAGGGGCAGGAGUGGGAGCUCUCACAGUGGCUGUCCUCAUCCAAACAGGGGUCUGGCCUGGGGAAGUGGGGGUGAGGUGUGGGGUGCUGGCCCCCAGAGCUGGGAAGAGCAGUGCAUGCUGCAGAGGCUGUGAGCCACUUCCCAUGCCCAGGACGAAGAACAAGAGCUCCUAGGGCACAGAGACCCCACAGGGAAGAAGCUCAGUGCCUCUGCUGGUUUUGGGGAGGGUGAGUGGUGGGUGGGAGAGCAGGGAGCAGAAGAGGGCACCACACAGCACCCCCGAGGGCAACAGGCAGCUCCCAAAUCUGGUGCCCACCUGCUGCCCACACGCUUUGUGAAUGCACUUCAUAAAUGUCACUGGGAAACCCAAAAGUGUUCCUGAGGUGCAGGCUGGGCUCAGGGCCUGGACCCCAACCCUGCACCCACCAUAUCCGAGCCCAGGACCCCUCCCUCACCCCCAGCUUUCACACCUGAACGCUGUGAACUCCAAACCCAGCCCCACACACAGGCCAGUUCAGCCCCUGCAUGAGGAGCCCACCAGUAUCCUGCUAGCCCCCAUAUCCAGCUGGAUUUUCCCAGACUGUGACCAGAGCUUGUCUCCCUCACCCAGCUGUGUCCCCCUUAGCUGAUGCCCCAGUCAGGCCAAGCACCAUCCCCACAGCCCUGUCCUGCUUGCAGAAACGAGGGCCCAAUAGAGCUGAGAGCUGGGGAAGGGCAAGGAAAGCUCAGGCUUCACCUGAUGUCUCUGCACCCACCUGGCUCUCCAGCCCCCCACAGCCUCCCCUCACCUCCACAGCACUGGUUCCACCCCCCGGCUGCUGGCCCAGCUGAACCAUCCCCACACAGGGAGAGGUGACACAGCCAGGAAGGCUGUGACAGUGCU